CCUGUCGCGGUUGCCUCCUUCUCCUCCUCUCCCUUUCUCUGUGUGUGAGUGAUUGUGUGCAAAUGGCGCCUAUUGAGGCCAGCAAGACCCGGCGACGGGCCACUCACUUACCGGCCUUGGCGCAGAGUAAGUGUCCGGGUGGCAGGGAGGCUGAGCGGCGCCAGGCGGCCGGAGACGAGGACGAAGAGGAGAACAAUCUGUGGUCAUCCAUCCUGAGUGAGGUAUCCACCCGCUCCCGCUCCAAGCUGCCGUCCGGGAAAGCCGUGCUGGUGACGGGCGAAGAUGGAUCUGGUAAAACUACUUUAAUUGCAAAAUUACAAGGAGUUGAGGACUACAAGAAAGGGAGAGGAAUAGAGUUUUUGUAUCUUGAUGUUCACGAUGAAGACAUUGAUGACCACACUCGAUGCAAUGUUUGGAUCUUGGAUGGUGACACUUACCACAAAGGUCUCCUGAAAUUCGCAGUUACGUCAGAUAACAUAAAAGACACUUUGCUGAUGCUAGUGGUGGAUAUGUCCCGGCCUUGGAUGGUCAUGGAUUCAUUACAGAAGUGGGCCAAUGUUGUUCAAGAGCACAUUGACAAACUAAAAAUACCACCAGAGGAAAUGAGAGAGAUGGAGCAGAGCUUGGUAAAGGAGUUUCAAGAAUAUGAAGAACCAGAUAGGGAAAUGCCAGCUUCUCCACAGCGAAGAAAUACUGUGUUGCAAGAAACAGAUGAAGAAAGUGUGGUCUUACCUCUAGGUGCCAAUACACUUACACAUAAUCUUGGGAUUCCAGUCCUAGUAGUUUGCACAAAGUGUGAUGCAAUUCACCAACUGGAAAAGGAACACGACUACAGAGAUGAACACUUCGACUUCAUUCAAUCACACAUCCGUAGGUUCUGCCUACAGUAUGGAGCAGCACUUAUUUAUACUUCAAUAAAAGAAAAUAAAAAUAUUGACUUAAUGUAUAAAUACCUUGUCCAUAAGUUAUAUGGAUUUCCUUUUCAUUCACCGGUACUAGUUGUGGAAAAAGAUGCAGUAUUUAUUCCAGCGGGAUGGGACAAUGAAAAGAAAAUAGGAAUUUUGCAUGAAAAUUUCCAGUCUUUAAAAGCCGAUGACAAAUUUGAAGAUGGCAUUACGAAGCCUCCAGUAAGAAAGGUAGUACAUGAGAAGGAAAUUUUAUCAGAAGAUGAUCAAGUGUUUCUUAUGAAACAGCAGUCUUUCCUAGCAAAACAGCCACCUCUUUCAACCGGAAGGCCACUAGAUUCUGCAACAAGAGUUGCUGGAGGUUCUCCAAGAACACCAAGCCGAACUGGAAGUGCCAGCGUUGUUAACGUAACUCCUAUUCCAGCAGGAAACAAAAAGAUUGAUCCCAAUAUAAAAGGAGCUGCAAGUGAAGGAGUUUUGGCGAAUUUUUUCAACAGUCUUCUAAGCAAAAAGACUGGCUCGCCUGGAGGAAGUGGUAGUAAUUUACAAGGCUCUGCAAAGAAAAGUGGCCACAAACCAGUCUUAACAGACGUACAAGCAGAACUAGACAGAAUUGCACGUAAACCAGAAGCUGUGUCUCCAGCUCAUACAUCCAUAACAGAAGACAAAGCAUCCUGAAGAAAGCAACUUAAUACAAUGCCCUGUGUUAUUGGCUUCGCCUCUCCCUUUUCCUUCAGAAGGUGUACUGAGGAUCAAAGGCUGUUUUUGAAGUAUACUGGAUUACUACAUUUUGAGUCUUCAAUGAGUUGUUCAAUGUAUGUAAGGAAACCGUAUCGAGAGGAAAAUACAAUGCCGCAAAAAUGAUUCUGCUAAUGUGUUUUCUGAGAGGAAAAAUAAUGAGAAGAGCUUAAUUAUUGGAACUUGCAUCUUUGUUCAAAUAAUGCUAAUUUGCAACCAAUGUUGGUGUGUUAUCUGUAUUUCCCAGGUGUUAAUUUGGGAAAUGUCCUAUACUGAUGGUAAAUACGGUGCCUGACACACAGUAUCGAAACAUGUAUUGCUGCCCAGAGGCAUAGCAGGAAUCCAGGCUACAUAAACUUUUCAGAAACUUGCGUCCUGAAAAUACUGCCUCAAAGAUGAAUUUUUGGUGGCCCACAAGUAUGCAGAACUGAAGUGUUCUUAGAACAGUCUUUAAAAUGCUGAACAAAAUGGUGCAAUGCCUACUUUUGUAUACCAAUAUGUUACUUGUCAAUCGCAAUGUUAAAAUAAAUGAAAGGGGGCAGAAAUUCCCACCCAAGGACAGUAUAUUACUUCAACUUGAACGCCUUAUCAUUUGUUCUGGUUGUUAGUAUAGUACUUCCUUAACUUAACCCUGUCUGGUUUCUGUAUUGUGCUGUUUCUAAUUACAGAAAGAUGUGUAAGGAUAGCAAUCCUUCAAUAAAGUUGUAUUUAUUCUCUGCA